AAGUGAGGUUUCGGAGCUCUGUGGCAGUGUGUCGGGUUUUUUGAGUAUUCGAGCUUCUCUCUCCUCCGUGAUCAAUCUCCGUAACUCUCUCUCUCUCUCUCUCUCUCUCUCUCUCUAUGGCUGAUCACGAUGUUCCUCAGAGUAAGUCUAGAGACCUCGACAAGCUUCUUCUCCGUCAUGGGAAUCUCGUUGACCCGGGCUUCUUUCCCGGACCCCAGCUGAGGAAUGACAUAAGGGAGUUUGUGAAAAUCCUUGUGGUUGGUGCUGGUGGAUUGGGUUGUGAGCUUCUCAAGGACUUGGCUCUUUCAGGUUUUCGUAAUCUCGAUGUGAUUGAUAUGGACCGUAUCGAGGUUACUAAUCUCAAUCGCCAGUUCCUAUUCAGACUUGAAGACGUGGGAAAGCCUAAGGCAGAGGUAGCAGCUAAGCGUGUCAUGGAGAGAGUGAGCGGGGUUGAGAUUGUCCCGCAUUUUUCACGUAUUGAAGACAAGGAGGUUGACUUUUAUAACGAUUUUAACAUCAUUGCCCUUGGUCUUGAUUCCAUGGAAGCUCGGAAAUACAUCAAUGGGAUAGCUUGUGGCUUUCUUGAGUAUAAUGAAGAUGAUGCUCCAGUAAGAGACACAAUCAAGCCGAUGGUAGAUGGGGGAACUGAAGGUUUCAAGGGUCAUGCUAGAGUUAUAAUGCCUGGAGUUACACCCUGUUUUGAGUGCACUAUUUGGCUUUUCCCACCUCAAGUGAAGUUUCCGUUGUGCACUCUUGCUGAAACCCCUAGGAAUGCUGCUCAUUGCAUUGAAUAUGCUCAUUUAAUUAAGUGGGAUGAGGUUCAUAAAGGAAGAUCGUUCGAUCCUGAUGUCCCAGAACAUAUGAAGUGGGUCUAUGAUGAGGCUAUCAGGAGAGCUGAGCUCUUUGGAAUUCCGGGUGUCACAUACUCUCUCACACAAGGUGUGGUUAAAAACAUUAUACCGGCGAUUGCUUCCACCAACGCGAUUAUAUCAGCAGCUUGUGCGCUAGAAACCUUGAAGAUUGUGUCUGCAUGCAGCAAAACACUUACAAACUAUCUGACGUAUAACGGUGGAGAGGGUCUUUACACUAAAGUGACAGACUUCCCGAGGCUCGACGACUGUCUUGUAUGUGGUCCGGGCAUUCUGAUUGAGCUGGACACCUCAAUCACAUUAUCAAAGUUCAUUGAGAUGCUUGAAGAUCACCCGAAGCUCCUUUUGUCAAAAGCAAGUGUUACAUAUGGCGAAAGCAAUCUCUACAUGCAGGCACCUCCGGUUCUUGAAGAGAUGCUCAGAGAAAACCUAAGCAAGCCGCUCUAUGACCUCAUGGGAAGAGUCCAGAAGGAUACUAUCCAUGUAACUGGGACAUCUCUCAAGGACAAAGAGAAACAGUCGAUUCAAACAAAGCUAAGGGUUGUUUUCAAAGGAGCCGAUGUUGUUACAGACAUGGAUACAGCCAUUGGAGCAUAAAACCUGACAGAGAAACCCUUUGAUGCCAAAGCUUAGAUCCAUUGAGAGAUUAUUGGGCAGGUUGACUUGUCCGGUUCUUAUUUUGGUCCUUUUUUUUGUUUGUUUGUCGUUUAUAGCUAUGAUAGCAGACUUUUACUGCGUGAUGGAGAAAGAAAAAAAGUUACUCCAAACAGAUCGGUUCAUAUGAUUGUUCUUAACCUCGAAGAUGUGACCUUCCGGACUAAAACAGUUUAGAGUCGUUAAAAAGUUGAUCUUGUGUCUUCGAAUUUACAUUAACCGAAAUGUUUUAUUUUAA